AUGACUACUGACCAGCCUUUUAAUCCUCUACCGGACCGAGACUUUGGUGACUUUCAAACCCUGGUGGACAUAGUAGCGAAGCUGCGCGCCCCCGGGGGGUGCCCUUGGGACCGGGAGCAGACCCACGAAUCGUUGAAGCGCCACCUCCUUGAGGAAUGUUACGAAGCUCUCGAAGCCAUCGACCAGCAGUCCCCGCCCCUGUUGGCGGAAGAGCUGGGCGACAUCCUUGUCCAGGUUGCCUUUCACGCCGAUAUCGCCCGCGAGGCUGGAGACUUCAACCUGGCCGAUGUGUUGACCGCCAUCAAUGGAAAGCUGGUCCGCCGCCACCCCCACGUCUUCGGCGACACCAGCGUUGCCGAUGCCCGGGAAGUGGAACUCAACUGGGAGCAGCUUAAGGCCGCCGAGCGGGCGCAGCAGGGGGUACGCAAGUCACCGGUGGAUGGCAUUCCUGGCGCCUUGCCCGCCCUUAGCUACUCCCAGCUUAUGCAGGACCGGGUGGCCCGCAUGGGAUUUGAGUGGGAGGACGUGGGCGGCGUUCUUGACAAGAUAGUGGAAGAGGUUGAGGAGUUCCGGCAAGCCUCGUCCGAUGAGGAAAAGACCCAUGAGCUGGGCGACAUCUUUCUGGUAAUGGUCAACCUGUGCCGCUGGAUGGACGUGCAAGCAGAGGACGCACUGCGGCAGGCCAACGGCCGUUUCCGGAGCCGCUACCUGAAAAUGGAAGAACUGGCAGAGCAACGAGGACUGGAUUUUACCCAGUUGCCCCUGGACGACAAGGAAGCCCUUUGGCAGGAAGCCAAGGGUGUGGUGGGUUAA